CCGCGCCGCGAAGACGCGGGAAGGAGGAGGAGGAGGAGGAGGAGGAGGAGGAGGAGGCGGCUGCCCGAUUUGUUUGUAAAUGCAUCAUAAACAGACAGCCCAGAAUGAAGAAAGCAAGCAGGAGUGUUGGCUCAGUGCCCAAAGUGCCUGGAGUAAAUAAGACUCAAACAACUGAAAAAACCAAACCGGAGAGCGGCUCCUCACUGUCUGCAGUAACAAAACUCUCCAAACCCGGGACAUCAGCAUCCCUUUUGAAGACUAAGAGCAACGAUGACCUCUUAGCAGGGAUGGCCAGUGGCGGUGGAGUGACAAUGACCAACGGUGUCAAGGCAAAGAAGAGCACGUGUGCACCAACAGUGUCUUCAGCUACAGGGACAACCAUGAACACUCUGGAAAAUAAACCUAAAACUGUUGCAGGUUCCACAGCUAAGCGUAGCACUUCAUCUGGAACUAAAGAAUCCAGCUCUUCUAGGGAGAGAAUACGCGAUCGGUCCCGCUUAAGCCAGAGUAAGAAACUGCCUCUGGCUGGACAGGGCAGCAAUGAUGCGGUCCUGGCAAAACGUUCCCGCAGUCGCACCAAUCCGGAAUCGGAUAUUCGGAUGAGCAAGUCCAAAUCAGACAAUCAGAUCAGUGACAAAGCUGCAUUGGAAGCAAAGGUGAAUGAUCUUCUGACGCUAGCAAAAACUAAAGAUGUGGAAAUCUUGCAUCUGAGAAAUGAACUAAGGGACAUGCGUGCUCAGCUGGGACUUAAUGAAGACCAAGUUGAAGGUGAUGAAAAAUCUGAAGAAAAAGAGGCCAUUGUUGUCCAUCAGCCGACUGAUGUAGAGUCUACGUUGCUACAGUUACAGGAACAAAACACUGCCAUCCGAGAAGAGCUCAACCAGCUGAAGAAUGAGAACCGAAUGUUAAAAGACAGACUAAAUGCAUUAGGCUUCUCUUUGGAACAAAGGCUGGACAACUCUGAGAAACUCUUUGGUUACCAGUCUUUGAGUCCAGAGAUUACAGCUGGCAACCACAGUGAUGGUGGUGGUACUCUGACAUCUUCUGUGGAAGGUUCUGCUCCUGGGUCAAUGGAAGACUUGCUAAGUCAGGAUGAACACACUCUGAUGGACAACCAGCAUAGUAACUCCAUGGAUAAUUUAGAUAGCGAGUGCAGUGAAGUGUAUCAGCCACUGACAUCGAGUGAUGAUGCUUUAGAUGCUCCGUCAUCUUCAGAGUCUGAAGGCGUACCAAGUAUAGAAAGAUCUAGAAAAGGAAGCAGUGGCAACGCGAGCGAAGUGUCCGUAGCUUGUCUGACAGAGCGGAUACAUCAGAUGGAAGAGAACCAGCACAGCACAGCAGAAGAGCUCCAAGCCACGCUUCAAGAGCUUGCAGAUCUGCAGCAAAUAACGCAAGAGCUAAACAGCGAGAACGAAAGACUGGGAGAGGAAAAAGUCAUCCUGAUGGAAUCUCUGUGCCAGCAAAGUGAUAAGUUGGAACAUUUUAGCCGUCAGAUAGAGUAUUUUCGGUCUCUUUUAGAUGAACACCAUAUUUCCUACGUAAUUGAUGAAGAUAUGAAAAGUGGUCGCUACAUGGAGUUGGAGCAGCGCUACAUGGACCUUGCAGAGAACGCCCGGUUUGAGCGGGAGCAGCUGUUAGGUGUUCAGCAGCACUUGAGCAACACUUUGAAGAUGGCAGAACAAGACAAUAAGGAGGCCCAAGAAAUGAUAGGGGCAUUGAAGGAACGCAAUCACCACAUGGAACGGAUCAUUGAGUCAGAACAGAAAAGCAAAACAGCAAUAGCAUCGACCUUAGAGGAGUACAAAGCCACGGUAGCCAGCGACCAGAUAGAGAUGAACAGGCUGAAGGCUCAGUUAGAGCACGAGAAGCAGAAGGUGGCUGAGUUGUAUUCAAUACACAACUCUGGAGACAAAUCAGAUAUACAGGAUUUGCUAGAGAGUGUCAGGCUGGAUAAAGAAAAAGCAGAGACACUGGCCAGCGGUCUGCAAGAGGAGCUGGCGCACACUCGCAAUGAUGCCAAUCGAUUGCAAGAUGCCAUUGCUAAGGUUGAAGAUGAAUACAGAGUAUUCCAAGAAGAAGCCAAGAAACAAAUAGAGGAUCUUAAUGUGACUCUAGAAAAACUUCGGGCAGAGCUCGAUGAGAAAGAAACUGAGAGAAGUGACAUGAAAGAAACCAUCUUCGAGUUGGAGGAUGAAGUAGAGCAGCAUCGGGCUGUGAAGCUUCAUGACAAUCUCAUCAUAUCUGAUUUGGAGAAUACUGUUAAAAAACUUCAGGACCAAAAGCAUGACAUGGAAAGAGAGAUCAAGAAUCUUCACAGGAGACUCCGGGAGGAGUCAGCAGAAUGGCGUCAGUUCCAAGCUGAUCUCCAGACUGCGGUGGUUAUAGCAAAUGAUAUAAAGUCUGAGGCCCAGGAAGAGAUAGGAGACCUAAAGCGAAGAUUACAUGAAGCUCAGGAGAAAAAUGAGAAGCUCACUAAAGAGUUGGAGGAAAUCAAGUCACGCAAGCAGGAAGAAGAACGCGGGCGAGUGUACAAUUACAUGAAUGCUGUAGAGAGAGAUUUGGCAGCUCUGAGACAGGGAAUGGGCCUGAGCCGCAGGUCGUCCACCUCCUCAGAGCCAACUCCGACUGUCAAAACACUCAUCAAGUCCUUUGACAGUGCCUCCCAAGUUCCAAGUCCUGCUGCUGCCACAAUUCCUCGCACUCCUCUGAGCCCGAGUCCCAUGAAGACGCCCCCAGCUGCUGCUGUAUCCCCCAUGCAGAGGCAUUCUAUAAGCGGACCAAUCUCUGCUUCUAAACCCCUUGCUACACUGACAGACAAAAGACCAAGCUAUGCUGAAAUCCCUGUUCAAGAACAUCUGUUGAGAACGUCUUCUACCAGCAGACCAGCAUCUUUGCCAAGAGUUCCUGCAAUGGAAAGUGCCAAAUCUAUUUCAGUGUCUCGAAGAAGUAGUGAAGAAAUCAAACGGGAUAUCAGUGCACCCGAUGGAGGGUCUCCAGCAUCUCUCAUGGCAAUGGGUACCACCUCACCACAGCUGUCCCUCUCAUCCUCCCCUACAGCAUCAGUCACCCCUACAACCAGAAGUCGAAUAAGGGAAGAAAGGAAAGAUCCUUUGUCUGCCCUUGCAAGAGAAUAUGGAGGAUCGAAGAGAAAUGCCUUGCUGAAAUGGUGCCAGAAAAAAACAGAAGGAUAUCAGAAUAUUGACAUAACAAACUUCAGCAGCAGCUGGAAUGAUGGCUUGGCUUUCUGUGCAGUCCUCCAUACUUACCUCCCAGCCCAUAUUCCUUAUCAAGAGCUGAACAGCCAGGACAAGAGGAGAAACUUCACUUUGGCUUUUCAGGCAGCUGAAAGCGUUGGCAUCAAAUCCACUCUGGACAUCAAUGAAAUGGUGCGAACUGAACGUCCGGACUGGCAGAAUGUCAUGCUGUAUGUUACAGCAAUUUACAAAUACUUUGAAACCUGAAACCCUAAUAAUUCAACAGAUUCAUGAAGUAGAACCGACAUUAGCUACCAGAUGGAAAUCUUGCUGAAAUGCUAAUCCCCAUUUCACUAAAAACUGGCAUCAGUUGAGUCCCUUCAAACUUCGGUGACGCUAUCCUGGAUUGCUUCAGACUGCUUCAGCUACUAAGCCUGGAAACAACUGUUAAAAAGCAAAAACUUGUUGCCGCUGCUUGGAAUAACCCAAGUAAUUAAGCUAUUCAGAUUAAUUAUGUAGCCUAAAGAGCCUGGACUGCUUAUCUACCGCCUUGCCAGCCAGACUUCCUGAAGCUUUCUUACCUAAGAGAGUGAGAUGAAUGGAUCCUCUAGCAUAUGGGAGACUGAGUGUACAGCUAAUGCUUUGAGAAGGAAAGGAUAACAUGGCAUCAUAUUACUGAACUUUCUGUAGUGUCCUGAUACCACAGUCUAAAUAUUCCACCUACAGCCUAUGGCACCCCAAUACAGUAGAGUUCCUGAUGGUAAUUUAGUUACUGCCUUUAUAGCUAUUUUCACCCCUUUAAAAUGUGCACAAUAUUCUAGGAAAACAAGCUUUUAUUUCAUCACAACAGCUUGAGUGGAAAAGUGGUCUUGAUACCUCGGAAAAUUUGGCACAGAAGAACUCUUUCUUCUAAAGUUUCGUUAUAAGCCUACCUCUGUCACAGUGUUGUGGCUUCCAACUUUAUCUUAUGGAUUCUAAAGACUACCAUAUACAGCUCCUGGUUUUCAGGUUAUGCUGUAUUGAAAGGAAUCUGUCAGUAGCUCUCUGUGCUUCCAUUAUAGCAAAAAUGAAUCAAUAAUCAACCCUUGUAUGGCUUGUUCUUUCCCCUUUUCUUCCUAUGCCUGUAUAGCAUGCACAGCUACCCCAGGCUUUACUUCACAGCAAUACGAGGAAACGUCGUGGAUGUCUGUGGUAGCAUUUUGGAACUGGGACAGCAUUUCCUCUGCAGAGAAGAUACUUUCAGUAAGAUGUAAUAAUGAAGAUAUUUGUCUAAAAAUCUACCUUUGCAAUUUCCUGUGUGUCUUUCAUUGAUGUUGCACAUCCUCAUCUGAGUGAUAGAAGGUGAGAUGUUCUCUGACAAGAGUGGAGGAACUAAUGUAAUGUGUGUAUACCCAGCAGUCUCAAAUAUUGCAUGGAAAAGACUUGCUCUCACAAGGAAUUAACCGAGAAACUUUGGUUUGCUCAGCUUUUGUUUUCCUAAAAUGCACCUGAAUUCAUGUAACAGCUCUUGGGCAAAAGAGUUCAAGCAAGUGCCUUAGCUAUCAUUGAUUGAUACAUCCUGGCACUUCAGGGCUUUGUGCAGAAUGUUAAUGGCUCAGAAUGAUUUAAUCCAUCCGUUUGUUAUAAGCUGUUAAAAUGUUUGUUGUAAUCUGGUUCGUCAAAUCAAGGGAAUGCUUCACUCUGCCAUUGCUUCUGCCUCUUCUUUUCCAGAAUAUUUUCCAGCAGUUAAGCCACAGUUGAACAUCUCUCAUUAAUAUUAAGCAGAAGCCUACUUUAGAAGCGAGUUCUGUAACAACUGCUAUUUAUAAGCACAUGCUCUUUCAACACAGUAACCCUGUUAUAAAGAAUCUUCUAUUCCUAUGGUGCUCUUACGACUGUUAAGGACUGUUUGAAUGUCAUUGAUGUUAACUCAGUGAAUGCAGCUCCACUUGGCAUCUGUGAAACUUCAUCGUGGUACAGAAGCACAGAUUUAACUCAGACUUAUUGCCAAACCUAAAAAGCUCUCAUCUGAAGAACAUAGCCCAUGUGAAGAGUAAUAAUUCAGUAUGUCUCCAGCAGCUAGCAUUAUAGAAAAUUACUUCUUAAAAUGCUUACACUGACACGUCUGUAAUAGAAUACAUUAUAAAUGUGCCUGUAAGAAUAUAUGAAAUGUUGCAAAACAACUUCUUAGAGGGGCUCUGGAGAAGUUUUCGGAGCAACAGUGUCUCAUGCAUCCUUAUGAUUCUUUAGCCUGCAUAUCCCUAAAAGUAGCUGGAUACCCUCAAUUUAUCAGUUGGUGCAUUUGAAAAGCCAGCAUACUCUAAAGGCAGUUGUUGCAAGAGAGGCUUCAAAUGGAAAAAAAAAAAAAUCAUUAACAGAUUUUAAUAAAAUUCUGAAAUAUAGUUUCCUUUCCUGUAUAUUCCUUCCAGUAUUUUUAUUUACUUUGCUUCUUCAAAUAAGUCUCAACAGGAGCAGUCCUAUUGGAAAUACAUGGUACUGCUGGCUUAUGUUCCAUCUCUUACUAGAUUCCAACUUAUGCACAUUCGUGCUUAUAAAUCUGUACUCUUCCUUUGAAUAGACAUCCUUAUCUGUGAUUGUCUUAUUUGUUGCUUUGUAUAUAAAGAAAGUAUUUUUCCAAUGACAAGGACAGCGUUUCUUGGUCUAAAUUCACUCAUGAGCUGUUGUGUUUUUUACAUUGAUUUGUUCUGUGUGAUGGCCCACCUCCUUUACCAGGAACACUGUGCCAGCCCUUAACUAAAUAACGCAUGGUAGUAAGAGGAGGAAACCACAUUUUUCUCAUACCUUCUUUUGAAAAGUUGUGCUGCUGGUCUUCAGAGAGAGAAGUUAUGAGCCACUACAGAAAGGACCUUAUUUUGAACUUCAGUGCUCUGUAAGCUUCAUGGUGUGGUCUGGCUGAUAAAAGCCUAUCUAGAAAGGAAUAUUGGGCUCCAUAAAGAGAUUUUUUUAUAAUCAUACAUCUGAGCCUUUACAAAUAAGAUGCCAUACAGCUGUCCAAGUGAAAGCAAUGAAGGAAAGCAAUGAAGCAAUGACAGAUAAAAAACAAACAUAAUGCCCUGCUGCACUCUGCCACAUGUUUUCUGCAAAGGUUCAAACAGCAUUUAAUUUUUCAAGUGAAAGAAUAGCUGUAGCCCUUCUGGACGCGGAUGAUACUGUCCUACUUGGUUCCUGCUCGCACUUAAUCCUGAAACUGCCUGUUAUUUCUUACAUAUGGAGCGAGGUUUCUGCUGAUUUAAUUUCCUCUUUUUUUAACCAGCCCGGAAAAUAUUAUUGAAUGUGUUUCAAAAAAAAAAAAAAAAAAAAAAAGAAAGAAAAAAGACAAAUAUUUUAUCCGUUUCUAUUACUACAAUUUAAUAUGUGCCUUGCAAAUGCCUGUGCUGUAGUAUAUCAGGGCUAGUUAUUGCCAGCUGUGGGCAGAAGGGAUCUGUCAAAAAUACUGGUGCAGAUAUGGCUAUAUGACCUAAUGGAUCCUGUUUCCUGAAAUGAUUCCAUAGACCACAGAGAUGUCAGUUUAGAGUCAGAUGUGUCUUAGGGUUGCCUGGUUGUCAUCAUGAUAAUCGUAAGCUUUGAACUGUGGCAUUUUCUUUACCAAAAAGAAAGGAUGAGAAGAUAAAUUUUGGUCAUUAAGGAGAAUUCUGUCCGUUUUGACCCAGUAUCUGACAGUAACAGAAUUAAGGUGACUUCAGAAUGAAUUACACUUGUCUUGAUUUUCAGUUGGUUUGGUUUGAUUCAUUUUGCUGUCUUGUAUACUUUAUGUGGAAACACCAAUUCUGUAGCCCUGGUGUUGUGAAUGGAUCUCUGUGACCCUCAGAGAGAUCUCUCGUCCUCAUGCUUCUGAAAAGUUGUGCACAAAAGGCUCCCUUUUAAAAUUGUGUUGGUGGAUAGGCUAUCUACAAGGUAGCAUUUAUUUAUAGUGUAUCAAGAUUUAAAAAUAAUUAUUUUUCUCUUGCAUAAAAUGUGUUCCUCAAGUUUCUCAUAAUUUGGCUAAUUUUGUAAAGUAUUUCCACUGUUCUUGUGUUUUGGGGAAGUCCAUUCUCGUGCUUUUUGUUUGCAAGGGCAAAGUGAACUCAGCUUUGAUGUAUGGAUGUAAUCUGCUAUAAAUGCUGCUGGCUGCAUUCAGCCUCUGGUUUUACCUGCAUAAGUAGAAAUGCAUUUGCUCUGACGAUGCGCACAACACAGUGGUUUAAACUGCUGAUAAUCUGCCUUAAAUUUGUAGCUGUGACAAAAAAUUCUCCUUGGUGUCUCCCCUCUGUUAAUGAUCUCAGUGUUAAAUUCUCUGUUUUUUUUCAUUUCCCUCAUUCAGCGCUUCAGAAAGUUGAAAACUGACCAUUUGGGCUCUGUUGCAUCUUUUCCAUGACCAACAAAAUGACUUUUAUUCAAUUCUAGCAGUUUCUGUACAGUUUCGACCUGGGUACAGAUUUUCUUAUAGCCUAGAUUCAAACAAGCUUAAUUGGGAAGUAUGAGGUAUGGAGAACUUCUUACUUUGUUCUGCUUGUGACCAGCUUGGGAAUGCUGAUAUGUGGCAGUCUCUUCAGAAGCUGCCUUUCCUGGAUGGCUGGCAAGAAGUUAUGCACAGGCUAAAGUUGAGCCUUUAAAAUUGUGUUUAUAUGACUCGUGUGGUGACUUUACCUCUUAUUUGCCUAUUACAACCACUGCAGGAAUAGCUGAGCUGCAGGCUGCCUUGAGCAGGAGCAAUUAGAGGGCAGAAUCCUUUUGGGAAGGAAGCCAGUUGUACACCUUGACACCAUUUUUUGCCUAUUGUAAGAAAUACUCCUGCUGAAGUGGCCAACUGAAUAGGAUUUUGAAAUAAUAGCAUUAGUGUACAGCCUGAUUCAACUGUAUAGUUUAUUUGUGGUCCUUCCCUUGACUCGGUGAAUAUUUUUCUCUGUUAUUCUUAUGUUCUGCCAAGCUCUGCUUCUGCAGUUCCUUUCUUAAGUUAGCAUUAGUGCAUGAAUAGUCAAUGAUAUUAGCCCAUCCAAUAAACGAUUUGGUGGGACAUGCUCUUAAAACAAGGUAGUCAUUCACAAGUUCUGGACAUGCCAUUGUGCUUUCCCAGGUUAGUGUGUGUUAAAUGGAAAAAUACCUUAGAACUGCUUAACUCUUCCUUGACUUCCUUUUCAACCAUAUAAUCUCCAUCACCCUACAGUGCCCAUCAGGUCGUAGAGAUCUUUUAAUGCAUUUAACUGUCUCUAUUUAGAAAGGUAUCUCUAGGAGUGUUUCUGCCCUCGAAGAAGUGUGACUGGAUGGGCUUUGAGUGACUCACUGGCUUGCUGAGCCUUUAUUUGUGCAAGGUUUUCCUGUGUAAUCAGCAUAAUUUUGCUUGGCAAUUGUCAAAGCCAUUAUGUUAAGUAUCUGGGAUGUACUGCAAGUAUGCUUUUGAUAAUUAAUACUAAAUAACUCUUAAGAUGGAGUUCUGGAGUUCUGAUUUUUGUCAGCAUUGCUAAGAAUUUCUGUUUUUCCUUAUGUAUCUGUGCUUGUCAGUUUUUGGUCUACCAUUCACUUGAAUUCAGUUUGGCAAGUCUAUGGCCUCUAUCCAUGAGUUCAUUCUGUGAUAGCAGGUUUGCUUCCUCACACUGAGACUUCAGUAGUAGCUAUGAAUACGAGAUGAUUUCAUUCCCAUUGGCAUUUGUGUUUUUCUUGGAAUAUUCCUUACCCUUUGGCCACUGUCUACCGGAGUUACAGACAGUACUUAGCAUUUCCAAUAGGAACUGUGGAUGUAGAAUGGGAGGAGGAACUUCUUGCAGAAUUAUGGCAGUCUGAUGUGAUUAAGCUUGUUUCAUUUUAAUUCCCUAUUUUCAGGGAGUUUCAGUUCAGCCAAAAUCACUUACUCAAAGCUGAAAGGUGGCACGUUCAUUCUCCACUGAGAAGUAUGCUUCUGUUUAAUAAUAUUUUUAUGAGAUUGUAUUUAUGUAAACUAAAGGAAAAAUGUCGUGAAGUUAGUUUUGUUGCACUUUUCUAAGGCUUUUGUAUUUUGCAUAGAGUUCUAGAAUACAAACAAGUUGUUUGGGGAACUUUAGGUUUAAAACUUACUCUGCCCCAGCAUAGCAGUGUAUUACGAGCAUUUUCAUUCUAGUAAGUACCUGUAUUAUUUUAGCAUGUGAGCAGUGUAUUUAUAUGGUAGUUAAAAAGCCCAGUGGACAUUUCCUGCUGCAGAGGAGCCAUUGGCAGUCCUGGUUCCACAUGAACUGACCUGUUUUGACAGUAGACUGCAUUUGCAAUAAUUGAAUAGUUGAUUUUUAUUUUUCUGAACUUUUUCAGUUCAUGGAGAGAAGGAAGCUCUUCUGUUGUGUUCCAUUGUUGAAGUUUCUCUGGAGGCUUUUCUGGUUUCCAAUUAUUGCAUAUGUGCAGCUGGAUUGAUUACUUGGGAAUCUGCUCAGUAGGGAGAGCACAAGUACACGUAACAUACUCAAGUAAUUAAUCCUUGUAACUUACAUUUCAGUUAGAAACUUUAGUUUUUACAUGUAUAGUAGGGUCAAUUUUACUAUUUUUCAGUAGCACUUUUAUACUUAUCUGAAGGGUUUUUUUUAACAGAAGUGUCUUUUCUGUAUGUUAUCUAAUGGAAAGAAAGUAUAACACUAUGAAAUGUAACACAGAAUAGUUAGCUUCCAGGCUGUCCGUUCACUUUAGGUCAGUGAUGAUCAAGAGUUGUUCAAUGUCUAUGAAUUAAAGUAGUGAUCCCAUUGAAUGUUGGACAACUCUCCAGGUCAAAGUCAGAAGGGCAUUAAUUGGUACCCUUUAGCUGUUAGAUGUGGGGGUACUUUGAGUUCAGGUGAGGCAGAAUUGACAGAACAGUGUGGUGAAUUUUGGACUUGGUGAAAGAACAGAAUGUUGUUGAUGUCUCAGUCUAACUUCUCAGCACUACAUCAGAUAAGGACUAACCUUGUUUGAAAUGACACUGCAGCCAGUACUUACAUCUCAUGAAUAACUGAUUUAAAGCUCUUUUUCCAUGGUCUUUAAAGAUGAUGUAAAACACAAUGAUUCUUAUAAGCUCUUCUCUUCUUCCAUCCAAGCUUUUCUGAUUUGUAUUGGUUUUAUCCUCAUUUGAAACGCAAAUAUUAGACUGACCAAACAUGUACAUGGGUUCAAUAAUCCUCCUUUUAGACAAGAAGCACUUUCUUCUUUCUCAGAACCCUGUCAAAUAGGUUCUGUACACAUUCACAUGCAUAGACAUUUUAGGUAUGUGUAGAGGUUUUGCAUAAAUGUAUGUAUGUACACAUAUAUACACACGUGCAAAUACAUUUGUGCAUAUGUGUGUACCUAUGCACCUUCUUAAUAAAACUGAACAUCUUUUAAGAAGUGCUUGAGUCUUGAAUACUUAUGAUGGUGUAACAGCUUAUACAUUUAAAAGGUAAGGAAGAAAAAGCUAUGUUGUUUGUUUCUGAUUAGAUCUUAGAAAUACGGUUCUGAGGAAAAUUGAAGUGUGUUCAAAUUGUAUUUCACCCUGUUUCUGGUUUAAAAGGCACAAGCUGUUAUUGGAACUUAAAAGGUCAGCAAAAGUAUUUUAAGCUAAACCUUUUGGAGGACCAAUAUGCUUUUAGUUUGCAAGGACCACUAAAGAUCUGGGCAUUUAGUUUCUUCAUAAUGUAUUCUGUAUGAAUAUUUAGUAUGUAUGCCUUCAAUUUGCCAAUGUUGCCAUGUUUUCUUCUUAAUUAUUCAUGAAAUAAAGAUUGCAAAUAGCAAAA